AUGUGUGUCGUAUUUUGUGCCUUGGCACGGAAAUGCAUGUGAACAAAAAUUUGUGUAAGACACAUUUAAUG